GCGCCUGCGCGACGCGCUUCCGCGGAGUGUGCGGCCCGGCGCUGCCCAGAGUGCACGUGCGGCGGCCCCUACCUUCGAGCGGCGGCUGGCAUUUGGUGGUUUGGGUAGCAUGGGGCGCAAGUUGGACCCUACGAAGGAGAAGCGCGGGCCGGGCCGAAAGGCCCGGAAACAGAAGGGUGCCGAGACUGAGCUGGUCAGGUUUCUCCCUGCAGCAGCUAGUGAUGAAAAUUCCAAGAGACUGUCCAGUCGUGCUAGAAAGAGGGCAGCCAAGAGGAGGUUGGGUUCUGUUGAAGCCUCUAAGACAAGUAAGCCCUUGGGGACCAAACCAUCGCCUAGAAAGUUACCAGAAGAAGCAGUCCAGAUACCUGGUAAGAAGGGAACACAGUCCUUGUUUGACACCACUCGAGGUAAGAAGCGUCCAGCCCCAGCCCACAGCAGUGAUGAAGAGGAGGAGGAGGAAGACUCUGAGGAGGAUGGCGAGGUAGAGCACAUGGCCCUGUGGGGCUCCGAGGACAGUGAUUCUGAGAUGGCAGAUGACUAUGGAGCCGACUCGAACUCAGAGGAUGCGGAUGCUGGUGAAAAGUUGCUGCCUAUUGAAAGAGCUGCUCGAAAGCAGAAGGCUCGGGAAGCUGCUGCUGGGGGCCAAUGGAGUGAGGAGGAGACUGAUGAAGAGGAAGAGGAGGAAAUGUCCCUUGAGUCAGGCCCCACAAAGGAGGAGGCAGAUGGGGGCCUGCAGAUCAAUGUAGAUGAGGAGGAGUUUGUGCUGCCCCCUGUUGGGGAGAUGGAGCAGGAUGCCCAGGCUCCAGACCUGCAGCGAGUUCACAAGAGGAUCCAGGACAUAGUAGGAGUAUUGCGUAAUUUUGGGGUGCAGCGGGAAGAAGGCCGAUCUCGUUCUGAGUAUCUGAAUCGGCUGCAAAAGGAUCUGGCCACUUAUUACUCCUAUGGAGACUUUCUGCUUGGCAAGCUCAUGGAGCUCUUCCCUGUAUCUGAGCUCAUAGAGUUCUUAGAAGCUAAUGAAGUCCCUCGGCCCAUCACCCUGAGGACCAAUACCUUGAAAACGCGGCGCCGAGACCUUGCUCAGGCACUAAUCAAUCGUGGGGUUAACCUGGAUCCUUUGGGCAAGUGGUCAAAGACUGGACUUGUGGUGUAUGAUUCUUCAGUGCCCAUUGGUGCUACUCCCGAGUACCUGGCUGGGCACUACAUGCUGCAAGGAGCCUCCAGCAUGCUGCCCGUCAUGGCCUUGGCACCCCAGGAACAUGAGCGGAUCCUGGACAUGUGCUGUGCGCCGGGAGGGAAGACCAGCUACAUAGCCCAGCUGAUGAAGAACACAGGGGUGAUCCUUGCCAAUGAUGCCAAUGCAGAGCGGCUCAAGAGUGUUGUGGGCAACCUGCACCGGUUGGGAGUCACCAAUGCCAUUAUCAGCCAUUAUGAUGGGCGCCAGUUCCCUAAGGUGGUGGGUGGUUUUGACCGAGUCCUGUUGGACGCUCCCUGCAGCGGCACUGGGGUCAUUUCCAAGGACCCUGCGGUGAAGACCAACAAGGAUGAAAAGGACAUCCUGCGCUGUGCUCACCUUCAGAAAGAGCUGCUCCUGAGUGCCAUUGACUCUGUCAACGCCACCUCCAAGACAGGUGGCUACCUGGUGUACUGUACCUGCUCUAUCAUGGUGGAAGAGAACGAGUGGGUUGUGGAUUAUGCCCUGAAAAAAAGAAAUGUGCGGCUGGUGCCCACAGGCCUAGACUUUGGCCAGGAAGGUUUUACCCGGUUUCGAGAAAGACGCUUUCAUCCCACUCUGCGUUCCACUCGGCGAUUCUACCCUCACACCCACAAUAUGGAUGGUUUCUUCAUUGCCAAGUUCAAGAAAUUUUCCAAUUCCGUCCCCCAGGCUGAAGCAGGAAAUUCUGCAACAGGCACCCCUACAGACAUAGAUUUGCCAGACUUCAAGGGUCAGGACACUCCAAAGUCUGAGAACAGCCACCAGCCAGUCAAGAAAGCCAAAGUGGCCACCAAGGCAAAGCCAGAAUUGCAGAAGGGUCCCAAGAAGGCCUCCUUCCAGAAGCUGAAUGGCAUCUCUGAAAGGGAAGACUCAGAAUUGUCCACUGUACCUUCUGUCAUGAAGGCCCAAAUGUCCUCCAGGCUCCAGGAUACCAGUCAGUUCUCAGGAAAAGCUAAUGUGACCAGAGAACCAAAGACGACUGGGAAGCUAAAGGGACAGGUACAGAAAUUGCAGUACUCCAAGAAAGCUGCUUCCCUAAGACAGUCUGCCCAGUUCAAGAGCAGCGACACUGAAGCACCUACUGUGCUGUCCCUCUCUGAGACUCAGGCCACUCCCAGGCUGAAGAAGUGUCGUCAAACCCUUGGAAAGUCCAAACAGGCUGGGAAGAAAGCCAAAUUCCAGACAGAGAAUGGCAUCCUCAAGAGCCCUCAGGCCUCCACUGUGUCCUUGCUCAAGUCCAUCCGGCCCCCACCAGCGAAGAAGAGGAAGUCGGCUUCAGGGGUGCACCAUCCGCUGUUUUCCUAGGUGCUGAAAACUGGCCUGGCUGACAUCCCUGGGCCGGAACGCUUCUUUCUUCCUCACUGUGCAUACAUAUUAAAAUUUAAUACACA